AAUUAAAUGAUGAUAAAAUGAACGGCUUAAUCGUAUUUAACAGCGGCAACGAUGUUGUCUAUCAAAAACUGAACGCUCCACUGACCGAGAAAAUCUGCGAUGUGGCCGUCACUCAAGGUCUGCUGGAGUCUGCCCCCGAUCCCAGCUGUCCGAUUAACAGUAACAUCCUGGUGCAAAUCUUCAGCCCCAUCAUCAGCUCGCAAAAGAUAAUGCAAUGCCAGUUUGACAACGCGUACUCCAGCUUCCAGUGCGAAAAGGGAUUCAAUUUGGUUUUUGGGGAACUUUUGGGAUUUACCUUCCUGAAGAUUGGACACAUGCCAGUCGACACGCUGACGCGACAGAUGGGCGUAGCAAUCACUCUAUCGCGCUAUUGCUAUGGAGCGAACAUCUUUGGGGCCCAGGCAGGGCAACAGGAGCUGCUGACGCAGUGCCUCGAGUGCUACGAAACAUUGCUUUCACAGGAAGAGCAGGCAUAUUUAAUCGAGGCCAUACCCAAGCUGGUGAUCAACAAGGAACUAAAGAGAACAAUUCACUUGACACUUGAUGCUACGCUGGAGCAGCUGCGCCAGGACGGACUACCCCGGGCCCAUGUCCUGCUGAUGGUCUCCAACAAACUGGUAGCCGUCAAUAGCACCAAACACGCAGUGCUGCUGGCUGCAUCCGAUCUUCUUUUUCUGAGCAUUUUGUCACGGGCGCUUGAGUCUCUGAAUUCUCCAUCGCAAAGUGCUGUGCCGGUCUUUCUGCAAGGCGCUUCCCACGACGAGAACUCUGGAUGUGUACCCACCAUUGUGCACAUUUCCCGCUUGCAUGGCAACCAGGUGCUCCUCCAGGUCAUCGAGUACGCGAAUAUGCCGCUAACCAGUUGCAUCUACGACUGCUUCUUUGUGGUGCAAAAAAUCAAUACAGUGCACCAACAAGGAGACUCGGACGCUUUGAAGCCAGCCUUUGAAAAUUUGGAGCCCUUUAUUGUACAAACUUUUGCUGCCCUGAAGCGGCAUUUGAAACAGACGUGUGGCGACUUGAAUGAAUUGGAGAGCUGCAUUAAAAAGUUUACUGCUAAGUGGGAAAAUCUUCGCAAAAUGUACAUGGAGUACUUUAAAAACUUUGAGCGGGAGCUGCUUGUGAGGAUUGAGUCGAACGUGCCCUCGUUUAUAGAGGAGCUAAAACAGCUCUUCACACUGGCCUCGUGCGAUAGCUCAAGCGCGCACCUGGAUCACCUAUACGAGUUUGGCUGUCUUGUCGAGGCCAAGUUGCUAGAAUUUGCAGAGUUUUUGGCUGUAAAGGCUACACGGAAUAUAUCCAUUGAUGCUUACUUGGAGGACUUUCCCGGCCUGGUUCACUUUAUGUACGUGAAUCGCAGCAGCGGACAAAUGUUGGGCCCCGAUCUCCGACCGAAUCAGCUGGUUACGAAAACAAAACUAUGGAAUAUGGUAGAGUUUGCCCGAAGGUAUCUCAAGAAGGGCCAGACUACAGUCAUGUGGAAGGACAAAGUCUUUCACUACUCGUACUUCCUCUGGUUCGAGGAUCAGUCGGGCGGCGUCCUCAGCCCAACUCUGGACCUUCAGCACCAUUUUCUUGCAUCAGCUGCUUCCAGUGGCAGUACCGCAAAGGCGCCAACCGAGCCUGGUGCCCUCUCGGUGGACUAUUACUUUGAUCUGGCUGAGCUCUGCUUCCCUAAGCUGGCGCCUGGCAAGGUUCGGGUAUACGAGUUGUUCUGCAUCCAUCUGGGACUGGUCACAGCCACCUGCGCUGUAGAGCAUGCCCGACGUUUGGUGGCCACUAUCAGCGAUGUGGUAGGGGAGGAGACAUUUUAAAUCUAUAUGAAUAUGAUGCAUGUUACGUUAGAAAGCUUAAUAUUCCAUAAUACCAUUCCAGCGGUCGGGCGCAUGAAUCUAGUCAAUUUAUGGGACAUAUGCAA